AUGAUCAGAGUUUAAUCUGAAUAGUUCACUUCGGUGACCGUCGACAGUGCUAUUGGUGACCUCAAUACGAUUAGGUGCACGUGCGUUUGAAAGGUCGAUGUCCAACUCAACAAAUAGAGGGGCGUGGUUUGAAAACUCAUUAUAAUCGCAUGUUAUAAACUUUGUAAAUAAUGUGAAUAUAUCUGGGGUGGACAACAAAUAGUCAAUAACACUCAUACCCCUUGUGGGUGAAGCCACUGAUUUGAUUAUCCAGGUGUCUGCCGUUGACAAACCUGUUGAUUUACAUAAAUGCACAAGCCUCGUUCCGAAUUCAUUGUGACCGUUAUCUGGGUUUACACGUGACUGAAGAGGAACAUCACUGUUAUAAACAAACACAGUGUUAGUUGCAUUCGCUACGGUCGAGUGUAAAACGUCAGCGUCAAUGAAAUCAUCCAGUUGCCUGGUUCGACUGUUAAAAUCUCCUGUAACGAACACAUUUCCAAGAGUCGCUUUGUGUCCGCCAGAUGAUGACAUCAACUGUCCCGUGUACGCCGACACCGGCGACUGUCUCCACGUCGACCGUUUGGAACACAUGCACUGCCGUUGUCCAAAGUCUUGUGAGACAUUUUCCGCAUGCAACAAUAGUUUGGGUGACACGGAUUGCAAAUGCGCAAACCUAGCCUAUGAGGGAAAGUGCGACACUGAUCCGGAUGUACAGUCAACGUGCGCAUAUACAUGCGCACUAAGACGAAGUAAAGUCUCAGUACAGAACUUGUCUUCUUAAAGGGGCAGUCCUGAAUUUGUUAUCAUUAUUAGAGACGUUGCCUUCAAAAGAGACGUUUUAAUGACUAAAAUUGUAUAUUGAAAUAUAGUUUUCCCUGUUUCCCUGUGGCUAAAAAUUAAAUGUGUUUC